GAGAAGAAGCGCGAGAUUGCCGAGCACAACAAGAACAAGCGCGAGCACGCCGAGCACAACAAGAAGAAGCGCGAGCACGCCUCCAAGGACGAAGAGAAUCGCAGGCUGGCCCACCCGACGCUCGGGAUCUUGCACGCGACAUUCGGCAGCAAGGCCACGUACUACUGCUACACCAACCUCGAGACCAACAAGAAGGUCCUGCUGGUGGAGGUCAGCUCGAAGUUGACCGAGAGGCACGCCGAGGCGUGCGUGGAGUUGUGCAAGCAGAGCUGCAAGCGCAACCUGGACAAGCAGGAGACGGUUGCGUUGAGGUCUAAGGGCGACAUCGGCGACGUGUCGCAGAUGAGGGCGCUGUUCACGAGGUCGGAGAUCCAGCAGCUCCACAACAAGUUCCGCAAUGCCCGCCAGGAGAACGACCGCGCGCAGCAAGUGUUCGACACCAUCGAGGCCAAGGGCCACAGGGUCGGCAAGAACGAGGCAAAACAGAAACUCUUGGCGAGCUGGAUCAAGGACCCUGAGAUGAAAAAGGGGUUAUGGAAAGUGGUUCUGUCUGUGGAGACCGGGGAGAGUGCGACGCGCAAGUCGGUGUGGAAGACGAAAAAGCAGAUGGACUUGAAAUACACUGGGAGCGAGAUCGAGGAGAUGAUAGAGAACGGCAGC